GGCCGGAGGAGCUGCUUGGCGGCAGCGGGAGACGUAGCGAGCCCGGCGGCCGCGGGCAGACCCGGAGGGAGCGAAGGAAGCGGUCAUGUCUCGCUACACGAGGCCCCCCAACACCUCCCUGUUUGUCAGGAACGUCGCGGACGCCACCAGGCCUGAGGACUUGCGACGUGAGUUUGGUCGAUAUGGCCCUAUAGUAGACGUUUACAUUCCACUUGACUUCUACACUCGCCGCCCAAGAGGAUUUGCUUACGUUCAAUUUGAAGAUGUUCGUGAUGCUGAAGAUGCUCUUUAUAACCUCAAUAGAAAGUGGGUAUGUGGCCGUCAAAUCGAAAUACAGUUUGCACAAGGUGAUCGCAAAACACCAGGCCAAAUGAAAUCAAAAGAACGUCACCCUUGUUCUCCAAGUGAUCAUAGGAGAUCCAGAAGUCCCAGCCAAAGGAGAACUCGAAGUAGAAGUUCUUCCUGGGGAAGAAACAGGAGGCGGUCUGAUAGCCUUAAAGAGUCUCGACACAGGCGAUUUUCUUACAGUCAGUCUAAAUCUCGUUCCAAAUCACUACCAAGGCGGUCUACCUCAGCAAGGCAAUCAAGAACUCCAAGAAGAAAUUCUGGUUCUAGAGGACGGUCACGGUCCAAGUCCUUACAAAAAAGGUCCAAGUCAAUAGGAAAAUCACAAUCAAGUUCACCUCAAAAGCAGACUAGCUUAGGAACAAAAUCAAGAUCACAUGGAAGACAUUCUGACUCCAUAGCAAGAUCCCCAUGUAAAUCUCCCAAAGGGUACACCAAUUCUGAAACUAAAGCACAAACAGCAAAACACUCUCAUUUUCGAUCACAUUCCAGAUCUCGGAGUUAUCGUCAUAAAAACAGUUGGUGAACAGCAGCAGAAGAGCACUAUAUAGUCUUUAAUAUGUUACUAAGCCUCUUACUAUGUUAAAUAAAAAUUCUUCACGGCUUACAGAAAUUGUGAGUUGAUAACUAGUUUGUGCAUAUGCAAGAAAUAAAAUCUCUGUAGAUUUGGUUUCAACUUAAAGGCCCUUUGCCAUAAAAUAUGUGUCUGAUGUCACCUAUUUCGUGGACUUUUUUUUUUUUUUAUGUUGUGGCAGAAGGUACUUAAACAGGAAAUGGAUAAAAUGGAACCAUUUUAGAAAAUUCUAGUUGGAUAUUAAGUAUUAGUAAUACCUUUUACAAAAAUAUUUUUUACUUUAAAGCACUUCUACUUUCCUGUGAAAAGUUAACUAUGACUAUAUAAUUGCGUAGAGCAGACAAACUGUUUGAUACCUUGUGUCUAUUUUUUGUCUUCUGUUUCAGCUUGGGCCAAUUUCUGUUGAAUAUUAGUUUAAAAUACAAAAUACUAAUUUCAAAAUAGAAUUAAUGUAGAUAACCAGGCAUUCAAAGAUCCGUUUUCUUCUGAGCUCACAGAAAGUUUUAAUUUUAUUGGGUGGAACAACAUAGAAAAAUUCAUAUUAAAUUGCAUUCUGUACCAUGCCCAUAUUAGAAAUGUCAGAGCCUUUUAGAAAUACUGAAUUUUGAAUGGUUUAAGACUGCUUUUCAAAAAAUUACAGUGCACAACUCUCACAAUCCAGAAAUAUUCAUAUUAAGCCUUACAUAUUUGCAAAGUGGUACAUUUUAUAUAAAAUCAUAUUUUAUACCAUUAUUUCUACAUACCUACUUUUCAUCUGUUAAUUUUUUUUGUUUUAGAACUCUAGGUUAAGACUUGAAAUUGUACAGAAUAAGUCUCAUUAUUAUUUUUGAAACAGUGUUAGUACCUUGUAUUAUGAAACUCGACUACAUCCUCAAAAAACACCUUGCAGAAUUUGGAUUUUAUGUUACACUUCCCUUAAUUUUUUUUAAAUGAAAUAACUUUGUUGAUAUUUAUUGCUUUUCUAGUUGUUAUAACUGAGAACUUUUCUUUAAAAAUGUGUUUGUAGUUUAUGUUUUACAGAGAGGGUUUUGGUAGUACUUGUGAUAAAAUGGUUUUUGCAUAUGAUUAUUGUAGGAGAUAUAUUUAUAGAACUCUCCUUGUGUACCUUGUUGAAUUAUAUUAUUAAAAGUUCUCAGCUUACACAGUUAAUAUUUAUAUCUAGAAUGCUGAAGAAAAACUUUUACAUUUUUUAGCAUAUGGAAGCAAGUAUUGCUUCUAUUUGUUUUGAAUGCAAGUUCCUUUUUUCUUUGCAUUUUAGAUGAUGCUGUGUGUAAGAAACAACUUUUUAAAAUAAUUUGUACACUGGUAAUAUUUGGACAAGUACCAUAAAUUUGUGUAGACUAUACUUUCUGAAUAGAUUUCUCUGUUUAAUCAUAGCAAAAUUUAUUUCAAAACUACAAGUCUCUGAAAUGUUUAGCUCUAAUACAAUUUAAUUAUAAAAUUAUGUGGCACUAUUGAAAAUUUCAAGGAUAGCCAGAAGAAAGAAUAAGACAUAUUAAUGUUUGGGUUCACACAUGUAUAUGCAGUAAUUUUCUAUAAUAACUAGGAAUUGAUUAUAGUGUCUUUAUUCUGCAUUAACAAGUUAGCAUCUCUUAGUAAAAAGUUAACAAGGCAAUGUUUCUGAAUAUGUUUAAUCCUUUGAUUUACCUCUGAUUUGAUUUUCUGUUGUAUCCCAAGACUGCUUAGGAGGGUAAUAAUUUGGUUUGAUGGAAAAUCUGGAAUAAUAACUCAAACUUUUUUGAGCCUUUACUUUGUGCUUGGUGUUGCUCUGUAGGUUUUAUGUUAUUUACUCAUUUAUUUCAUCACAACAACCUUAUAAAUGCUAUUGCAGAUGAGGGAACUAUAAGUUACAUGUACGAGGUUACAUAGCCAUUAAGUUUUGGAGCUGUGGGGAGCUGAUCUGCAGUGUGCCCCUCCCUAACUACUAUGAUGUGUCUUAUAGGAAGAAAGAAAUCUUGGACAGAUAUGUGCUUAAUUAAUUUUAAGGAGCCCUGGUGGCGCAGUGGUUAAGUGCUUGGCUGCUAACCAAAAGGUUGGCAGUUGGAACCCACCAGCUACUCCACGGGAGAAAGAUGUGGCAGUCUGCUUCUGUAAAGAUUACAGCCUUGGAAACCCUUUAGGGUAGUUCUCUGUCCUACAGGGUUGCUGUGAGUUAGAAUCAACUUAAUGGCAGUGGGUAAGAAAAUUUGUAUAGGGGAAGGGGAGAAUAGAAUUUGAAAAAGAAUUGACUGUAGGUUUCAGUGAAAAUGGGUUCUAUGAUUCUGGGAGAAAAUGGAUUGGCAGUUGUGCUGGGUACCUUGGAAAGUUGUCUUCGGGGAAUAUCUGUAUUCUAGGGUUCUCUUUUGUUUCUUGGAUGAUUUAAGAAAGGAUACUUAGGCUAAGAUUGUUAAUAAAGCAAAUGUUUUUAUUUUAGACAUCUGUUAUUAAAGAAUAUGUAUUAGGUACUUCCAAAGUUUAAUGUGGAGAUACUACCUACCUCCAUUUGUUCAAGAUUAUAGGGGAUAAAUUAAUAUCAAAGAAAAUAAAGAUGGCCACUAUCA